AUGCCCCAACCCAGAUUUUCAUGCUCUCAUUUAUUCAAAUUUAGAUUUAGAUUGGAUUUUGCUUUAUACAAGGCACAUGUUGAGGACAUUAAGAGGACCCAUUUGCGUGACUUGAUGUCCAACACCGAGCAAUGUACCAAUCUUGACACCUUGAAUAAGCUCCACAGUUUAGCAGAGGCAGCUCAUCUCCAAGAAAAGAUUAAUCGGAUGUUCAAUGGAGAGCGGAAGAUAUGCUUAAAGCAUGGAAGGGAAACCAAUCUUCUCAAAGGCAUCCAUGGAUGCUAUGGAGAAAGCAAUAAAAAAUAA